AUGGCCUCCUGCCGCAUCCCAACCCUACGGCACCUAGUCACCACCUCCCAACGCGCCUUCCGCGCCUCAAACCAACGCCGCUGGGCCCAGGUCCACGACGCCCGCUUCCUGGCCACGACCCAACAACCCCGCGCCGUCGUCGAAAAAUACCGCGCCAAACUCGAGCAAAAGGCCCAGCAGGAGGGCGUCUCCAAUAUUGACGAGCUCAAGGCCGCCUACGCAGACAAGAUCCAGGAGCAGAAGAAGAAGGACGCCCUCUCCGUGCCGGGCCUCGAGCACCUCCUCAACGACGAGCCCGCGCCCGCGGCGAUACCCACGACGGCUACGACGAACGAGACGGAAGGCCAGACGCAGCAGACGAAACAAACGGCCACCACCACCCCGAUCCCCGGAUCCUCCUCCGGCAACGGCGUCAAACCCCUCGACGAAAUCCUCGACCUCCCCAAGGCGCGCGAGCUGCCGGACAAGGAACUCAUAGCCAUCUGGCGCCUCCGCCACGCCUCGGACCCGUCCUCCCUCUGCGCCGUCAUCCCAGCGUCAACCUACGCCCAGAUGGAAUCCCUCGCCCGCCAAAACCCGCAAUUCAUCCUCCCCGUCCCGCACGAGUCCCAGGGCGCCGAGAUUCACUUCUUGCAAUGGGUCUUUGACGCCGCCUCGCGCACCGCGACCGUCAUGUUCACGCAGCUGGCCGAGUUCAAGGCGCGCGGCGAGUUCGCGCAGCCGCACACGACGAUUACGCACCACACCGACCUCGCGGCCGAGAGGGGGCUGGUGCUGAUGCAGGGCAAAUGCCUCGAGGACCGCGGGGUCAAGACGGCGCAUGCGCAGUGGCUUGUGUUGUGUCUGCAGCGGUUUUAUGGCGAGGCGGAGGGCAAGGAGAGGGCCGAGGAGAGGAGGAAGUUGUUGGAGUGGUUCCGGUUGGGGGAUGAGCGGUUUAGUGUCGAGAAGCUUAUGGAGGAGGCGGAGCGGAUUAGCUGA